AUGCAGGGCAACUGGUACGAGGCCGCCGCGAGCGCUCCCAGCCGCAUCGUCUCAUUUCCGCCGUCGGCUGGGCAUCAGAUCGCCGGUGUCCCGAAGAAGACGAAGAGGGAGGAUCAACUCGUGCAUGAUCUGUACUACCGGUACGGCUUCGAUGAGGUCUCGGGUAACUUCCAGCAGCACAACUUCGGUCGCGGUGGCGAGGAGAACGAUGGCGUCAUAGCCAAUGCUCAAGACGGCAGCGGGUACAACAACGCCAACUUCAUGACUCCUCCUGACGGUCAGAACGGUCGUUGCCGGAUGCACCUCUGGAAUACUGCGAACCCGUACCGUGACGGUGAUCUUGAGGCUGGCAUUGCGAUUCACGAGCUCUCGCGCGGUCUCAGCACGCGUCUGGCGGGUGGUCCUGCCACCUCCGGCUGCCUCGGCUGGGGUGAAUCCGGCGGCAUGGGUGAGGGCUGGGGAGACUUCCUCGCCACCACCAUCUGGAGCAAUGCGGACUGCGCACCCCACCCUCAGCGAGGCGUUCAAGGAGGCGGCGAUGCCUGCGUCCUGGAAGCCGAUCCACUUGGGACAAGUUAG